AAAGACGUCGAUUCAAACUUCUGGGAAACGUAUAAGAAAGUUUCUACUGAGUACGAUGACGACUUCCUCGCGCGUGCGAAUGACGAUAUGGGCAUUAUCUUGACUUUUGCUGGUUUAUUCUCAGCUGUCAACUCUGCUUUCAUCGUCGGAAUGCAGCCUAACCCAGGAGACACUACCAAUGACCUCCUACUCCGCCUAAUCCAAAUCACAGUUAACGGCCCAAACGCUGUAAAUGAUAUUGGCAAUAUUUCCUCGUCUACGAACUUUUCUUCUUCGACCGUCUGGAUGCAAGCGCUUGGCUAUGCUAGCCUCGCAUCUAGUGUCUUGGCGGCCUUUGGGGCUGUGCUGGGAAAGCAAUGG